AUGGAGUCCUUUCUUCUUCUCCUCUUUGUUAUCUCCAUUCCUCUUUUCAUCAUCAUCACCUUAAUCGCUCUUUAUCUUCAAAAACUUCCAUACCCACCCGGUCCAAAAGGCCUACCAAUAAUCGGAAACAUGUUAAUGAUGGAUGUAAUGACCCAUCGCGGUUUGGCUCAACUCGCAGAAAAAUACGGCGGUUUGCUCCAUCUCAAAAUGGGUAUUCUCCACAUGAUCGCGGUUUCAACUCCGGACAUGGCUCAAGAAGUUCUCCAAUCGCAAGACAUCGUUUUCGCAAACCGACCCGCAAAUCUAGCCACCGCAUACUUAACCUACGAUCGAGCUGACAUGGCUUUCGCUCAUUACGGUCCUUAUUGGCGUCAAAUGAGAAAGGUUUGCGUUAUGAAGUUGUUUAGCCGUCGUCGAGCCGAGUCUUGGUCCUCGAUCCGGGAAGAAGUCGGGUCGUGUAUCAAAUCGGUGUCGGGUCGGGUCGGGUUGGAGGUUAAUAUUGGUGAGGCAGUCUUUUCGUUGACUAAGAAUAUUAUCUAUAGGGCUGCGUUCGGGUCGAGAUCUUCAGAUGGUCAAGAUGAGUUUGUGGGGAUAAUGCAAGAAUUUUCGAAGUUAUUUGGAGCAUUUAAUAUUGGGGAUUUUUUUCCUUGGUUGGGUUGGAUUCACGGGCAGGGUUUUAACAACCGGUUGCAGAAUGCUCGAGGUUCGUUGGAUAGGUUUAUCGAUAAGGUAAUCGAUGAACAUGUUGAGAAGAAGAAGUUGGCGAUCGGUGAGGAUAAUGGAGGCGAGGAAGAUGCCGAUAUGGUUGAUGAAUUAAUGGCGUUUUGUAAAGAAGACAACGAGGAUAAAGGCAAUGGAGAUACAAUUUCGAUCACGAAAGAUAACAUUAAAGCUCUUAUCAUGGAUGUGAUGUUUGGUGGAACCGAGACAGUUGCAUCCGCGAUAGAAUGGACCAUGGCAGAGUUAAUGCACAACCCCGAUGAAAUGAGGCGUGUCCAACAAGAGCUCGAAGAUGUUGUGGGUCUUAAUCGUCAUUUCCAAGAGUCGGAUCUUGAAAAACUAACUUACCUAAGAUGCGUCAUCAAAGAAACUCUUCGACUCCACCCUCCAAUUCCUCUCAUGCUCCAUGAGACAGCCGUAGAUUGUGUUGUAGACGGUUAUAGAAUCCCUGCAAAGUCUCGAGUGAUGGUCAAUGCAUGGGCCAUAGGUCGGGACAAGGGGUCAUGGUCUGACCCUAACACGUUCAGGCCAGGGAGAUUUCUCGAGGACAAAGCCCCUGAUUUCAAGGGAGCGAACUUUGAGUUCCUCCCGUUUGGGUCAGGACGUAGGUCCUGCCCAGGCAUGCAACUUGGACUAUAUGCACUUGACCUAACUGUGGCCAACCUUUGUCAUUGCUUCACGUGGGAGUUGCCUAAUGGGAUGAAACCUAGCGAGCUUGAUAUGAAUGAUGUGUAUGGGCUAACCGCACCUAGAGCCACUCAACUCAGUGCCAUCCCGAGUUAUCGACUCUCGAUUUCAAUCAUGGAGGCCGGACUUUGAU